AUGAGCUCGACUCCCGGGCUGCCCACCCCGGGGGCCUCGCUGGCCCUGCGGGUGUCCUUCGUGGACGUGCAUCCCGAGGUGAUCCCGGUGCAGCUGUGGGGACUGGUGGGCCAGCGACGGGAAGAGUACGUGCGGCUGAGCCGGGAGAUUCAGGAGGCCGCAGCCACGCGCGGCCCUUGGGCGCUGGGUGGGGCCUCGGCGUCGCCGGGAGAGCUGUGCCUGGUGCAGGUGGGGCUCAUGUGGCACCGCUGCCGCGUGGUCAGCCGCCAGGCGCAGGACAGCCGCGUCUUCCUGCUGGACGAGGGCCGCACCAUCACGGCGGGCGCGGGCUCGCUGGCCCCGGGGCGCAGCGAGUUCUUCCACCUGCCCUCCGAGGUGCUGGGCUGUGUGCUAGCCGGCCUGGUGCCCGCGGGAGGCGGUGGCGCCGGCGGUGGCGAACCCCAGCACUGGUCCUCUAGCGCCGUGGACUUCCUUAGCAACCUGCAGGGCAAGGAGGUGCACGGACGGGUCCUGGACGUGCUGCUUCUCCAUCGCCUGGUGCUGCUGGAGGUGCCCGUUGUGGCUCAGCAGAUGGAGGAGCUGGGCCUGGCCAGGCAGGUGCCAGACAGCCUCUUCUGUUCCCUGCUCAAACGCUACCUGACCGCGGCGGGGCUGGGCAACUCCGGAGCUCCAGUUCUGCCGCGAGCCGCGCCCAAACAAGAGCAUCCUGGGUUAGAUUAUUUCUAUCCCCAACUGCAGCUGGGGGUGACGGAGCCCGUGGUGGUCACCCAAGUGUGCCAUCCUCACCGCAUCCACUGCCAACUCCGGAGCCUCUCGCAGGAGAUCCACCGCCUCUCUGAGAGUAUGGCCCAGGUAUACCGGGCGUCCACGGGGACAGAGGAUGAGGACUCUGGCAGUGCCACCUGGGAGGAGAGGGAGGAGAGCCCAGACAAGCCGGGGUCUCCGUGUGCUUCCUGUGGCUUGGACGGACAGUGGUACCGGGCUCUCUUGCUUGAAACUUUCAGGCCUCAGCGCUGUGCCCAGGUGCUGCACGUCGAUUAUGGAAGAAAAGAACUAGUGAGCUGCAGCAGCCUUCGCUACUUGCUGCCCGAGUAUUUUCGAAUGCCCGUGGUGACCUACCCGUGUGCCUUGUAUGGACUCUGGGACUGCGGAAGAGGCUGGUCCCGGUCACAGGUUGGUGAUUUGAAAGCUCUGAUCCUGGGCCAGUCAGUGAACGCCAAGAUUGAAUUUUACUGUUCCUUUGAGCACAAGUACUAUGUCACCCUGUAUGGGGAAGAUGGAAUUAAUCUCAACAGUGCCUUCGGAGUACAAUCCUGUUGCUUGGCUGACCGAUUUCUCGAGAGUCAGGGGCUAGAGGAGGAUGAGGAGGAGGAAGAUAUGGAGGCUGCUUUUCACUCUCAGUCCCCUGCUGAGGAAAUGGAGGAGGAGGUUUCCCUCCCGUCCUUGAGCGCCAUCAGGCUGAAGAUGAAUGCCUUCUAUGAUGCCCAGGUGGAGUUUGUGAAGAACCCCUCGGAGUUCUGGAUUCGCCUGAGAAAGCACAAGAACACCUUCAGCAAGCUGAUGAAGAAAAUGUGCAGCUUCUACUCUUCGGCCAGUAAGCUGGAUGGCGUGAUUUUGAAACCUGAACCGGAUGACCUGUGCUGUGUCAAAUGGAAGGAAAAUGGCUACUACCGGGCCAUGGUCACCCGACUGGACAGCAAGAGUGUGGAUGUGUUCUUGGUGGAUCGGGGCAACUCUGAGAACGUGGACUGGAGCGACGUGCGGAUGCUGCUGCCUCAGUUUCGGCAGUUACCAAUACUGGCUCUGAAGUGCACCCUGGCCGACAUCUGGCCUUUGGGGAAAACGUGGAGCCAGGAAGCGAUCUCAUUUUUCAAAAAGACAGUACUCCACAAAGAAUUAGUGGUCCACAUCCUUGACAAGCAGGAUCGCCAGUAUGUCAUCGAGAUCCUUGACGAAUCCAGAACAGGGGAGGAGAACAUCAGUAAGGUCAUCGCCCAAGCCGGAUACGCCAAGUACCAGGAAUUUGAGGCAAAAGAAAACAUCAGGCUCAGUGCCCACUCGCCGGGGCACGUUUCUGGUCAUUUCAUGGCGGAGCCUGGCAAAAGACCUUCCGUCAAGAAGGCUGAAGGAGAACAGAAGGCGAAGCGAGACAGUAAAACCCUGCCUGUUUUAGAAGCUUUGGCCAAGGUGGCAAACCUUCCGAGUAUCUCCGCUGGGCAGGCCGCACACGACAAAGAGAAGGGAACGGCCGACUCUUCUCUCCUCACUCUGAAUUUCUUGAAACUGAAGCCAAGCUGCUGUGGGAAAGGCGAGCUGGAGGUGGGCAGCACCGUGGAGGUGAAGGUGUCUCAUGUGGAGAGCCCCGGCUCCUUCUGGUGCCAGCUGAUGAGGGAUGCGCAGGGAUUCAGAACCCUGAUGUGUGACAUCGAGGACUUCUGCAAAAGCCAGCCAGCCCCCUACGAGGGGGACACCCGCGCUUGCCUGGCAAAGCGGACCGCCAACGGAAGAUGGUCCAGAGCUCUGAUCAGCGGGGCCCAGUCUCUAGAGCACGUCAGAGUGGUGUUUGUGGACUAUGGAGACAAGGAUGUGGUCUCUAUGAAGGACAUACUCUCUGUCAGUGAAGCGUUUCUCCAGGUCAGAGCUCAGGCAUUUAGAUGCAGUCUUUAUAAUUUAAUUCAGCCAAUCGGUGAAAAUCCCUUUGAGUGGGAUGAAAAGGCAGUCCAGGCUUUUAGUGGGUUUAUAGAUAACGCCUGGCAGAAUAACUUAGAAUUAAAAUGCACAAUCUUUGCUUUGGCAUCAAGGCAUGAUGAAGAGUGGUUCAAUGUGGUGGACUUGCUAACGCCCUUUCAGAGUGCCUGCCAUUUUUUGGUAGAAAAGAGAUUUGCAAGGCCUGUAAAACUCCAAAAGCCCCUGGAACCUUCGGUCCAGCUACAUUCUUACUACUAUUCUACCCAUGACCUAAAAAUCGGAAGUGAAGAAUUGGUGUACAUAACACAUGUUGAUGACCCUUGGACAUUUUAUUGCCAAUUAGCGAGGAACACAAAUAUUUUAGAACAAUUAUCAUACAACAUUAUACAGCUAAGUAAAGCCUCAUUGAAUUUAAAAGCAUCCAACUUGAACCCUGGAACCUUGUGCCUUGCCAAAUACACCGAUGAAAAUUGGUACAGGGGGAUAAUAACAGAAGAGGAACCAAACAAAGUCUUCUUUGUUGAUUUUGGGAACACUCACAUAGCAAGUGAUGGUCUGCUCCCCAUCCCUCGAGAUGCCUAUGAUGUCUUACUUUUACCCAUGCAAGCUGUUAAAUGCUCGUUAUCUGACAUUCCUCAUCAUAUCCCGGAGGAAGUCACGGCAUGGUUCCAGGAUACUGUUUUAGAUAAGUCAUUGAAGGCUUUAGUUGUAGCAAAAGACCCAGAUGGAAGAUUGAUUAUAGAGCUAUAUGAUGACAGUAUCCAAAUUAAUGCUAGUAUUAAUGAGAAGCUAGGGCUCCUCGGAUACAAAAACAGAACAAGAAAAAAGGAUAAAGAGAGUGACAUAAUCCUCCACGCAACCGAAGCUCCUGAGGAUAAAAAUGAGAGCGUGAAGUCACCGCCUACAGAAUACUUGAGUAAAUCGGGAGAUGGCAAAUCACACAGUAUAGAGAUUAUGGGCGAACCGUGCAAACCCAAGAUGAGCCCAGCAUGCAAGGAGCUCAAGUAUUUACAAGGCUCAACCAAGGCCAACCUAGUCACUCUGUAUCAGGACUCUAUGGGAAACAAAAAUGAUGGGGGCUUUCCCUUAACAAGAGAAAAGAAGGAAGACAUGUUUACCAGCUCACCUGUGGGGGCUGCCAAACUAGACUCCGCUCUUCCUGAGGGAAGGCUAGGGGAAUCCGGCAGCAAAGACCUGCCUCCGAAGUUCUGUGAAUUCCCACGGAAAACCAUAGCGCCUGGCUUUAAGACCUCUGUGUAUGUGUCCCAUAUCAACGACUUCUCCGAUUUCUACAUCCAGCUGAUAGAAGAUGAAGCAGAGAUCAAUCGUCUUUCUGAGAGAUUAAAUGAUAUCAGAACAAGGCCCCAGUUUCACACGGGUCCACCUUGGCAAAGUGGAGAUGUGAUAUGUGCCAUUUUCCCAGAAGACAACUUAUGGUACCGAGCAGUGGUCAUGGAACAACAGCCCAACGACUUCCUCUCUGUACAGUUUAUAGAUUACGGCAACAUGUGUGUGGUCCACAAUAACAAAACGGGUAGGCUUGGCCCCAUCGAUGCCGUGUUGCCAGCACUGUGCCUCCAUUGCUCCUUAAGGGGGCUUUUGGUACCUGACAUGGUGGGCUGCAAGGAGAUGGUGGCUUACUUUUCCCAAAGGACAGAAGAGGCUCAGAUAAGAUGUGAAUUUGUUAAGUUCCAAGGCACCUGGGAAGUGGUCCUCUCGGAUGAACAUGGAAUCAUAGCUGAAGAUAUGAUGAGCAGGUUUCCGCUCAACGAAAAGUCUCAAAUGGGGCUUACCACCCAAAUCAUGAAAGGGGACUCUUCAAAGUCUGCUAACAAACCUGACAUGGACACUUCAGUGUUUCUUAACUGGUAUAAUCCCAAAAUGAAGUUGAUAAGAGCCUAUGCCACUGUCAUAGAUGGGCCUGAGUACUUUUGGUGCCAGUUUGCCGAUUCUGAGAAGCUGCAGUACUUAGAAACUGAGGUUCAGAGUGCCGCAAAGCAGCUUGCAGACAGGAAAAGCUGUGCCCAGUGUCCCCGAAUUGGAGAUCCGUGCAUCGUGAGGUACAGAGAAGAUGGACAUUAUUACAGAGCCGUCAUCACUAAUAUCUGUGAAGAUCACCUUGCGUCUGUCAGGCUUGUGGACUUUGGGAACAUCGAAGACUGUGUGGACCCCAAAGCACUUUGGAACAUCCCUUCUGAACUCCUGCUGGUCCCCAUGCAAGCAUUUCCAUGCUGCCUUUCUGGUUUCACUGUCUCUGGUGGAGUAUGCCCUCAAGAAGGAAAUGAUUAUUUUUAUGAGAUAGUCACAGAAGAUGUGUUGGAAAUAACAAUAUUGGAGAUCAAGAGGGAUGUCUGCAACAUCCCCUUAGCAGUUGUGGAGCUGAAAAGCAAAGGCGAAAGCAUUAAUGAGAAGAUGAAGAAAUAUGCCAAGAUGGGAACCCCCAAGAGUGACCUGUACUAUGAUAAACAUGGAGCAGAGAGAAAGGGAGGCCUUAGGCCCACCAGUCCUGACCUUGGCCUUAAGAAACCAAGUCACAAAAUGGCACAGGAUAAGCCGUUUUAUGUGGAAGCCCGGGCAUGUGAGCUCUCUGAGAGGAUUGAAAAAGAUUUGAACAUUGAAACCAAGACAAGUAAAUUCUAUGAGCGUAGCACCCGGAACAUUUUCGAAGCUUUCGAGAACUCAUGCAAAGGUAAAAUGGGCUCUGAGAGGCUAGAUGGCAACAUGGAUUACCAUUUUGUGGACAGAGCCAAGUUUGACGAUACCUACCUCAUUACAGGAUUCAACCCUAUAAUGCCCCAUGCUAGUGAGCCGAAGGAGCUAUUGGAACUGAAUUCACUAGAGGUACCGCUCUCUCCAGACGAUGAAUGCAAGGAAUUCUUAGAACUGGAGUCCAUUGAGUUGCAGCACUCCCCUGUCGGGGAGGAAGAAGAGAAAGAGGAACUAGGCCUGGGGUCUCCGAUGGCACCUCCGUCCCCCGGCUGCGAGGCAGGAGCCACCCUGGAACCGUUUAUGGUGCAGCUUCCCCUGGACUGUGAGACGGAGAAGCAGCUAGACUUGGAACUCCCAACGCCCCAGCUGUCCUUGGACGACAGCCUCAGCCCUUUCUCCGCAGUCGUCAGUCCGAACAUCCAGGAGUCCACGUGUGCCGAGGACGAGGGGAAGCCGGGUUGUGCGGGCUCCUCUGACGACGGCCACAGCAGGUCACCAAUCCUCCACCACCGGAAGAGCGGAGAUUCUCCCACCCAUGAUGACCUGAACCUAUCCGAAGAGGAGUUUCCACAAUUUGAAAGCAGAGACAACACUGCUUUAUUGGCGCCUUUGUUCUCGGGGGAAGAAGCCAGAGACGGAAGGAAGUGCGGGGUCGCUGUGCCAGCCGUCCAGCUGCAGAACACCUACACUCUGAAAGGCUUCUCUGUUGGAUCGAAAUGUGUCGUGUGGUCGAGCCUAAGAAACACGUGGUCCAAGUGUGAGAUUCUUGAACUAGCCGAAGAAGGAACAAGGGUUGUGAACCUUUCAAAUGGUGUGGAAGAAACAGUAAGCCCCGAGAAUGUCUGGAAUGGCAUCCCCAAGGUAGAUAAGAAUCGCGCUGAGGCUGUCUUCCAAACAGUGGGGAAGGACCUUUCCUUCAUGUCGUCAGAUGACACCACCAUCAAAGGCUUUUCUUCUGUUUCAGAGGAGCAGCAUGGAGGAGAUGCAGAUUCGACUCUGGAGGUAUAGGCCCUGCCAAUCAGAAGCUGCCUUUAACAAGCCACGUGCUACCCCAACUGGAGGAAAUGUAAACCAUGCGGCCCCUGGAAGUUGUCCUUCGUGGGGGAAUGAUCUGAGAUGGAAGCAGUAGGUCUCAGGUUGACAAAGCAGCCUGUUUAUUGCUCUCUAGAGGCAUCUGGGCUUGUCCCUCAGCCUGUAGUCUUCUAGUGUUUUAGCCAGGAUAAUUUAUUUUGCCAAACAAUUGGCUAGCUUACUACUAUAUUCAUAAAAUUAUAUCUUUCCAAUAGAUUGUUUAUAUUAAAGUAGAAAACUCUAGGUUUGUGACUGACAGGAGCUGCC